GCCGCCCGCCCUCCCUUCCUUCCGGCCGCCUCACGAGGUGCUCCCGCUUCCAGGUGCCUGGGCCUCCGCGGCAGGAGUCGAGGGAGAUGCAGAACGACGCCGGGGAGUUCGUGGACCUUUACGUCCCGCGGAAAUGCUCUGCCAGCAACCGAAUAAUUGGUGCUAAGGAUCAUGCCUCUAUUCAGAUCAAUAUUUCUGAGGUUGACAAGGUGACAGGCAGAGUAAAUGGCCAGUUCAAAACCUACGCCAUCUGUGGGCCGAUCCGUAGAAUGGGGGAAUCAGAUGACUCCAUUCUGCGUCUGGCAAAAAAUGAUGGAAUUGUCUCCAAGAACUUCUAACUGAAGAAACUCCAGUAUGGAACAUCUGUUGUAAAAUAAACAGUUCAAACCUA